UCAUUUCGGUACUAGUUCUGGACAACGCAGCAUCGUUUUCGGAGGGCGGUCCCGCAUAAUUGAAACCAACAUUUAAUGCAAAAAAUAAUGUGCAAGUAUAAUAGCAGAUUGUUCUGGUUUGCCUUGGCAGGCACAUUGAGCUUAGCUUGUGGUUUACCGGUGUUUUCGUACGAUGAUGAUUAUAACAGUGCAGAGGAUGAUUAUGACGUGAUUUUCGAUCAACGCCAGAAUGGAACUGAAAACGUGCGUCUCUCGGUUGAUGGAAUUAUGAUCGCGGUACCGGCACCUCCAAGCCAAUCCGAUAUCUCCUCACUUGCCGGCAGUGCACUGUUGCAUAUUCUUAGCUCGCAAGUUGGUUCCAUGGAUAGUGAUAGUUCUGAAGAGGAAUCGAGUAGGCCGAGCACUACUACGACUACUACCACGACUACAACAACUGCAGCUCCUACCCUGCAAGAUCAACUAAUUCCGGUGAACUUGCUGGGUCAGGGUCUAUCAUUUCUCUUCAACAAGGGAGCCGAAAUUCCAAUCAAAAUAGGGUCACAGUUCAAACCACUGAAACAGGGUCAACCUAGCCUACUGUUGCUCAAGAAAGAUGCAAUUGAGGACGAUAGUGAUUUUGAGCACGAUACGCAAGAGGAAGAAGAAUCACCUUCGGAAGCGCCAAAAAAGGUGUCCAAACACAAGCGAAGGUAUAAGUUGAAAGUGGCCAGUAUGUUGAAGCCAUUUCUUCAAAGGACGUAUGUGGCUUAGGUUCUGACGGCAGGUACUAUUAUGAUAGGCUUAAUAUUUGAUUAAGUUUAAUAUUAUGUAUUUAAACUAUGGGAA